UUUUCUUGAAUCCGCACACUCGUUAGGCAAACAACCGUCUUCAACAUGCGACCCCAACCACGCUCAACGCGAUCCCGCUACGCCGCCGAAGAGAGUGCUCUUCAUGAUAUCUCCACCGUCACGACAAAGCGACCCCGUGCCGAGGCGUCCUUUCAAGUAUAUCAAGACGAUACCCCACAACCGAGCAGAAAGAAAACCCGUCACCGUAUGACCGACCACCAGCUUGAACGCCUGGAAGCGCUAUACCAAUAUGCGACACAUCCAACACGCCAAGAGAAAGAGGCCCUAGGAGACGAAGUCGGAAUGGACGCGAGAACCGUGACAGUAUGGUUCCAGAAUCGACGUCAACUGGCUAAGAAAGCUUCUGAUACGGAAACGAAGGCCAGGCCCGUGCAACCGACUCAUCGUGAGGCAAACCUGAUUCCACGGCGACCGCUUGCUUCUGUGCCACUCGCGACCAACAACCAGACGAAAACACCGGCCGUACAUAUUGAAACAUUCGAAGUCUCUCAUGAUGUGGCUCGAAAGGCAUGGAACCAUGUACAGCCCAUGACCGGGUCUGUCCAUGAAUUCAACAACCUAUCCACAAGCGAAACACGGAGUCUAGGAGGGAUGAAGAUCCAAACACCAGACUGGACCUGCGACCGCAAUGAGAAACGAGGUCUCAUCGAUAUCGAUAGCCAGAGGGCCAGCUCCUUUGGAGGAGAUACGACCGACGAUGAAGUUGACAUCGUAACUACGGAUGACGACCUCCCUGUCAAGACCUCGAUCGCAUCUGCGCGUAGGGAUAUCCGAAUUCCUCCCGAACUGCGUGCUCGUUUCUCCGCCGACGUAGUACUUGGUGCUUCGCUCCUUCUCUCGUUCCAGCGUUCUGCAAUCUAGCUUUUCCCACAGCGCGAUAGGAUGUCUCCCCUCGAUGUACCCUGCAAGGCCAUCCAAGCGGAUCACUUGCACACAUUUCUGU